CACAUCUCUAAUACCCCGUAUACCAGAGGCGCCGAUAUCACAAGCCGAGACACCUUUAGACCCGUGACUCCCCCUUCCCCCAUCCUCCCAUACCCCUUUCCGUCUCCCUUCUUUCUUCCUAGUCCCGACCAACAAACACUAUUUAAAAGAGGCGGGGUGCCUCAUUCACUUCCUAAAUGUGUCAUGGAGCUGAGCUUGCCCUUCUAA